CUCCCAUCAUCCAUGCAUGCAUAAUCUGCACGUUAUUAGCAAUUUGAUUCAUCAAUGUCGAUCUGAUCUUUAACAUACUACAACGUACCGGACAACAAAAGAAUAAAUGUGAUGAAAGCCUGGGAGGCAACGGUGAGGAAGACGCAGGCGGCCGCCAAGAGACGGGCCCACACAAUAUUCGGAACGUACGGAGGCUCCACCGUAGAGGAACUCAACGACGAGGCCGUAGCCGACGUCGACCAAGAUGAGCCGAUCGCUGUCGUCGUGCUUAACUGCGGGCGCGCAAACGGAGAGGUGUACCAUGCCGACAGGUUUCUUCCGAACGGCGAUUACUACACGGGGCAGUGGGCGGACGACGCCCCCCACGGCCACGGUAAGUACUGGUGGACCGACGGGUGUAUGUACGUCGGGGAUUGGUUCCGCGGCAAGCCGAUGGGGAAGGGCACGUUCAGCUGGCCGUCGGGGGCCGCAUACGAAGGCCAUUUCAAGAGUGGGUAUCUGGACGGGGACGGGACGUACACCGGCCCCACCGGAGACACAUUCCGGGGAUCAUGGGUGAUGAACAUGAAACACGGGCUCGGCGUGAAGGAGUACACGAACGGGGACACGUACAACGGGGAAUGGUGCAGGGGGUUGCAGGAAGGGCAGGGGAGGUACACGUGGAAGAACGGGAAUUACUACGUCGGAGAAUGGAAAUCCGGCAAGAUUUCCGGCCGGGGAAACAUGUACUGGACGAACAGUAACAUGUUCGAAGGGAUUUGGGAAGACGGGCUGCCCAAAGGGCACGGGACGUACAGAUGGGCAGACGAUAGUUACUACGAGGGGAAAUGGAGCCGAGAUGAAAACGAACGAACGGGGACGUUGCACCCGCAGAAUCCGGAGAACGAAUGGAACCCCGCGGAAGUUUAUGACGUAGAGUUGAAGGAAUGCAAGGUCUGCCCCAUAGAGAAGGUGUCGGUUUUCCCGUCUCAAAAGCUUGCGGAUUGGAAAUCCGCAAACAUGGCCGCGGCGAAGCACCGGAGAAUGUCGGCUGACGGGAGGCUGGACGCAGCAGUGGAUAAGGAGUUUGCAGGAAUGAGGUUGUCGGACUGUGGGGGGACGACGCCCACCAGCAUCUUCUGCGCUCCAGAUGACACGUUUGUGGGUCUGCAGCAGCACGAGGAUGGUGGGGUGACGGUGAUGAGCAGAGGGGUGAGCCCUCUCAGGAUCAUUCCCAAGAUUGUAAAGAAGCAAGGAGAGACCAUCUGUAAAGGGCACAAAAGCUAUGAGCUGAUGCUGAAUUUGCAGAUGGGUAUCAAGCAUUCUGUUGGGAAGGUAGGAGCUGCUGCGUCAUUGGAUCUGAAAGCAUCAGCGUUUGAUCCCAAGGAGAAGUAUUGGUCAAAGAUUUCACCCGAUGGAUCCAAGAGUUUAUUGCCCUUUCAGUCAUGCGAAUUCAGAUGGAAGGAUUAUUGUCCAAAAGUUUUCAGGGCAUUGCGGUUGCUGUUCAAGGUGGAACCCAACGACUACAUCAACUCCAUAUGCGGAAACGAUGCGCUUCGGGAACUCUCUUCUCCCGGGAAGAGUGGGAGUUUCUUCUACUUGACAAACGACGACCGUUACAUGAUCAAAACCAUGAAGAAGUCUGAAGUCAAAGUGCUAAUAAGGAUGCUAAACGCCUACUACAACCACGUCCACGGCUUUGAGAACACCCUCAUCACCAAAUACUUUGGGUUGCAUUGUUUGAAGCUAAAUGGACCCACCCAAAAGAAGGUGCGGUUUGUCAUCAUGGGGAACCUCUUCUGCACCAACUACACGAUUCACAGACGAUUUGACCUUAAAGGGUCAACGUUUGGGCGGUUGACAGAUAAGCCCGAAUCGGAGAUCGAUUCGACCACGACUCUCAAAGAUCUUGACCUCAACUUCAUAUUCAGGUUGCAACAUCCAUGGUUUCAAGACUUCCAGAGGCAAGUAGACAAGGACUGUGAGUUGCUCGAGCAAGAGAGAAUAAUGGAUUACAGCCUUCUUGUGGGUGUCCAUUUCAAAGAACCAACAAGCAGUGGAGAUUCAACGCCCAUUAUUAAAAACGGUUGCGUUUCACCUCAAGCCGAUGGCGGUGCCUCAGAAGAAAACAAGUCUCACCGUCAUCCACCAGAUGAAGAAGAAGAAGAUGGCAGUGAUGAUAACGCAUCGAGGAGGAGGAAUAAAGGUGUGGCGAAACUGGGGAUAAACAUGCCAGCAAGAGCGGAGAGGACGGAGCGGAAGAGCAGCGAAGGGGAGUCGAUGGUGCAGCAGCUGGUCGGAGAAGGGACGGGGGAGUGCUACGAUGUGGUGCUGUUCUUUAGCAUCAUCGACAUACUGCAGGACUACGACAUCACCAAGAAGCUUGAGCAUGCGUACAAGUCCAUCCAGUGCGACCCUAACUCCAUCUCUGCUGUCGAUCCCAAGGCCUACUCCAGGCGCUUUCGUGAUUAUAUUUUCAAGAGCCUGAAACUUUGCCGAUUCACCUUCCUCUGUGUCGCCAUCGACGAGAGCCGUCUCGCACAGUCGCACUCUGGAGCCUAAGUAGCCGUUUCGCACACGCUCCCACGCUGUCUCGCACAGUCGCCAUCGCCGAGCGCCUGAGUAGCCGACUCCCUCAAUCGAAAUUGAAUCAGGUAUGGCCGUAUGGGUACUCAGCGCGUCUCCCUCGUCUCCUUCUAUCUAAUCCCUAGUCUCCUUCUCUAUUAGGUUUCUUGUUAAAUUAUUCCCAUUAUAUUUGUAGGGUUUAGCCAAAUUGUAUUAUUCUUAGACUUUGUUUCCGAAUAACAUUUGUCAAUUGUU